GUAUUCAUGGUUUGUGAUUAGCUUUUGUUUGGUGAUCAUGAUGUGUCUUAUUUCUGCAAUGUCCAUGUGAGGUGCAGGCAGUUAUUCAGUUAUUCCAUUGUGGUUCUGUAAGUACAUUGUAUGUGGAUGAGAGUAAAGUUGCCUGGCUACAAGACAACCUAAAAUUAGCAGAAUUAGAGUACAGAUGGGUGGCCAAACAAGGAAUAACGGAAUGUGCGGUAAUCUGAAAGUCACCAUAGCUUCUUUUUUCCUCAUACUUAGGUUACCAUUUGAUCUUAGGUGCAUAGGAUGACAGUAAUGGUGAUGUCAAGUUUUCUAAUUAAUAUACAGAGUUCGUGCACAGUAUAAAUGAGCUGCUGAUGAUGCAUUUUGCAUGGGUGUCAAUGAUGAGGUUGGCAGCAGCGUAUCAGAGCAUUCAAUGACUUUACUGUUUUAUACUAUUUACUGAUGUUAGCAGAAUCUGAAUAAUUCACAUGUAGGUAGACGUUCUCUUGAACAGCACUGUAAAGAGGUUGGUAUGCAGAAAUCAUGUACUUUAUCAUUGUUACUCUCUCAUAUUUCAACAUUGAUGGAUUAAUUUACCUAUGGCUGAUUUGCUUUUUGACGGUUGUGUUUGUAAAUGAGUGCUGUAUCUCAAAGAUGGACAUACACUUUGACUUUUUUUAAUAAACUGUCUUUGCCUGUUGUUUUUCGCCUGUAUUCGUUUCGCAGAGUUUAUAACCAUGGAGGCCAACUACACUAGUCGGAAUGCACCUACAGUGAGACCGGUUGAUGGUUUGCCAAGCCGAAGAAGAAAACUGCAUCCUAAUUCUGGAAGGAAGAGUGCUAAAAAGCAAACAAAUAUGAGGGAGACAGGUCUGAGAGAACUACAGCAAGCUACCAUCAUGGCACAUGAAGGACAACAGUAUAGUGAGAGUUUACAGGACAAAAUUCAAGCCCUAUCCACAGAUGAAAUGCGUCAUCUGUGCAAUGUUAUAGCAAAAAGGAAUCCAGCACUAGUACAGGAGAUACUUGAGGAGCAAGAGAGGGGGAACAUUGGAAUUACCGAACAACGUCAGUCAGAACAACCUCCAACUUGGUGUGUGUGCCAAGGCUGCAGGGAUAUGCCAACUGCACAAGAAAGAGUCUGUUGUGCCAAUUCACCAACAAACUGUUUAUCUCUUGUUCCGGAAAUGAGUGAAGUUGUGCUACAUCCGGGUGUCUUACGCGUUGCUGAUACAUACAGGAGGGCUAUCUUUGGAAUACCAUUGGAGACGGAUGAUAAUCGCCGUUCUCGGCAUUCGGCCUAUCGACAGUUCACUGUCUGGCGUUAUGGACGGCUUGGGAGUAGAGUGCGUCGAGUCAUUCCGAGUUGCUGUGUUUGGCGCAUUCGUGACAGAUAUCCCAACCCUUUAGGCCAGUACACAGGUUUUCUAGCUCAACGCAGGACAGUGACUGACUAGUAUUAAAAAGUUAACAUUUAUACAUUUGUGUUAGAAUAGAUAAAAUUUUUAAGCUAGUAUGCUAUGUUUUGACUGUAUUUUUACAAUAAAAAAAUGGAUUAAAAAACA